AUGCGGAUUAAAAUAAUAUGCAAUUUAUCAAACUAUACAUCUUAUCAUAAUCUUAUAUAUCUUCUGAUAUUACUUAUAUGCAUACUAUGCUGUACAGUCAGUUUAGUCUCAAGUGAACGAGUUGUACGUAUUCGAAGACAAGGUGAUGGUGUAUUAGAUGAAGAUAUUUCAGCGAGUGGUGGAGACGAUGAUAUACCAGAAACUACUCCAAUACCAUCGAGUGUUAAAGGUCCUGGACCAUUUUUGCAGCCAAAUAUAGUAACAGGUCCUCGAGGGGCUCCAGGUGAACCUGGUCCACCCGGACCAUCAGGACCUAUUGGACCACCAGGAAAAAUUGGUGAACCUGGGCCACCGGGACCAGCUGGAGAAGAUGGUGCACGUGGACCACCAGGUCCAUCUGGUGAUCCAGGAAUCGACGGUAAACCAGGUAUAGAUGGUGAAUCUGGUUUACGUGGAACCCCAGGUCCACCAGGACCAGUUGGUCCAAUGGGUUUAAUUGGAUCUACAGGUCCACCAGGUCCAAUGGGUAUACCUGGUCUUAAAGGUAUAAAAGGUUCCCCAGGUAUUGAUGGACCAAUGGGUGAACGAGGUGAAGUUGGUCUUCCAGGUCCAUUUGGUCCACCUGGACCUAAAGGACCAACUGGAUUACCUGGUGCUCAAGGCCCAGUCGGUCAAAUGGGUACACAAGGACCAGAUGGAUUUCCCGGGCUUAUGGGUUCUAUGGGUCCUCAAGGACCUCCAGGACCUUCUGGAAUGAUUGGACCAGUUGGUUUAAAAGGUGAUGAAGGACUUCAAGGUGCACCAGGUUCUCUGGGUGAUCCUGGUGAUCCAGGCUUAGAUGGAAGUCCAGGAGCUGAUGGUGAACCUGGACCGAUGGGUCCUACUGGUAAGGAUGGACCGCCAGGAUUGAAAGGUGAAAGAGGAAUUCCAGGCCCUAUGGGACCUCAAGGAACUCCUGGCCCAAGAGGAUUGUCUGGAGGACCAGGUUCACAGGGGACGCCUGGGGAGAAAGGGGCUGAAGGAGCUCCAGGACCACAAGGACCUACAGGUCCAGCUGGACCAAUGGGACCACCUGGAGAACCUGGUGAUAGAGGGCUAUUUGGUCCGAUGGGAGAUAUAGGAAAGCCUGGUCCACGAGGUCCACCAGGUGAAACUGGACCGAAAGGAGACACAGGGGUGAUUGGUGCUCAAGGGAUGCCUGGAAAUCCUGGAUUAGACGGGUUACCUGGAAUGCCUGGAGAAGCGGGUAGUGAUGGUGAAAUGGGAAGACAAGGUAUGCCCGGUCCACCGGGAUUACCUGGACCAUCUGGACGAGAUGGUGAACCUGGUCCGAGGGGUUUUCCGGGUUCAAAGGGUCAAGAUGGCUCUCAAGGUGUACGCGGAGUGAUAGGACCAAGAGGCCCUUCAGGAAAAGAUGGAGAUGAUGGUGAAAUGGGUCCGGCAGGACCACCAGGACCUGCGGGACCACCUGGCCCAUCUGGACCACCGGGUGUACGUGGUGGUCGAGGCUCAUCUGGUGAGCCAGGUGAUCCAGGUCCUUCAGGUCCACAAGGUAGUCGUGGUGCAACUGGUGCCCGUGGGCGUCGUGGGAAAGUUGGAGUUGCUGGUAGUCCUGGAAGUAUUGGGGGUAUCGGAGAUAGAGGUCCACCUGGUCCGAUUGGACCAUCAGGUCAACCUGGUCCUAUUGGACAACCAGGUCAACCAGGUGGUAAAGGUCCGACUGGAAGAGAUGGAAAACAAGGUACAGAUGGAAAGCCAGGAACUCAAGGGCAAGUUGGUUUACCAGGCCCAAUUGGUGAACGUGGUGCUGCUGGUGAAGACGGUGAACAAGGUUAUCCCGGUGUACAAGGUCCCAAAGGUGAAGUUGGUUCACAAGGCAUACCUGGACGUACUGGACCAGCUGGGCCACCAGGAGUUCGAGGUGGUUCGGGUCAAAUGGGUUUACGAGGAACAAAAGGUCCACGUGGUCCACCUGGAGAAGAUGGACCACCUGGAAAAGACAGUGCACCUGGUGAACCAGGACCACCGGGUGAACCAGGUCCACGAGGACCAAUUCAAGUUCAAGGUUAUGAUAAUGGUAAAGUUGUCGGUCCACAAGGAGCUAAGGGUUUACCAGGAUAUCCUGGACCACGUGGAAGACCAGGAAUACCAGGAGCUCCUGGUGAUCCGGGACCUAUUGGAGAAGCAGGAGUACCAGGUGAAGACGGUCCACCCGGUCCUGAUGGUCCACGUGGAAAAGAUGGAAUUGAUGGAGCACCUGGUCGACCAGGAAAAUCAGGUAAACCUGGUCAGUCUGGAGCUGUUGGAGCUCAAGGACCACCUGGAAAACCUGGAGAUGCUGGGUAUGCUGGUCCGCCAGGACCCUCGGGAAUUCCCGGCCCUUCUGGAGAACCUGGUCUACCUGGAAUAGAUGGUAUUAACGGAACUGCCGGUGCCCAAGGAGCUCCUGGCAAUCCGGGUGCACAAGGAGCACGUGGUGCUGCUGGACCUCCAGGAGUUGAUGGUGCUAAGGGUCCACCUGGUGAUGAAGGGCCAACUGGUCCGAGAGGUCAAGCUGGUCCAAGAGGAACUCAAGGAAAAGAUGGACUUCCUGGACUUCAGGGGAAAAUGGGUGCUCCUGGAAGACCGGGAGCGAGAGGAUCAGCUGGGGUUAUGGGAGUUCCAGGGCCGCAAGGGAAGAUAGGACCUCCAGGAAAAGAAGGACCAGAAGGACCGUCUGGUCCUGUUGGACCACCUGGGCCACCAGGGACAGAUGGAGAAGUAGGUGGUGUAGGGCCAGUGGGAGAAGCUGGGUCCCCAGGACAACAGGGUCUUCCUGGAGAACGCGGGCUUCAGGGUCCACCAGGUCCCGGAGGGGAACCAGGCCCACCGGGGCCUAGUGGUCCUUUAGGAAUACCAGGACCAGACGGACCAAGUGGACCUAGAGGUGAAGUAGGUGAUCCUGGUGUAGAUGGUGCUCCAGGGGGAAAAGGCGAAGAUGGACAACCUGGACUUCCUGGAAGACCUGGAAAAGAUGGAUCCCCAGGAAGGCAAGGGAAGUCUGGACCACAGGGCCACAAAGGUUGGACAGGCCCUCCAGGUGACCCUGGUCUUCCAGGCAUAGCCGGACAACCCGGUCAACCAGGACUUCGAGGAUAUCGUGGACUUUCUGGCUUACCGGGAGAAGUCGGACCUGUCGGUGCCCCAGGACCUCAAGGUGAGGCUGGAUUCGUCGGCGAACCAGGUCCUCCUGGCGGACCUGGACCUAUUGGAAGAGAUGGACCACGAGGACCUCCUGGACAUAUGGGAAGUGAAGGACCACCUGGGCCUCCUGGGCCUCCAGCUAUGAGUUAUGGAAAGAUGUAUGGAGAUCAAAAAGGCAUCACUUUAGAAAUGCCCAAUGGUACACGCAGUUUUCCAGCAAGAUCAUGUAAUUAUUUAUCGCGUACACAUCCAAGAUUACCAGAUGGUGAAUAUUGGAUUGAUCCUAAUGGAGGUUCAAAUAAAGAUGCUGUUAAAGUAUUCUGUCGAUUGAGCUCGGGUGAAACAUGUUUCUCGCCUUUAACUUCUUCCUAUCAACAACAACAAAACAAUAAUACCGAUAUAAACAAAAAGAAAUAUUUUGAUCAAAAAGAUAUUUGGUUUAGUCAAUUAUAUGAUGAAAAGCAGUUUACCUAUAAUAUGGAAAUGAAUCAGAUCAACUUUUUACAACUGUUAUCAUCGAAAGCUAACCAACAAUUAACAUUGGUAUGCAAUGAGAUUAUUUUCAACGAUAAAAAUCUGCCACGUUUAUUUACAAACAAUAAUAAGGAAUUAACACAAAAUGGAGCGAUUCUUCGUUAUAAUUUACUGGAAAACGGUUGUCAGUCAACAAAAUCUACAUUUGGAAAGAUAACAAUUGAAGUGGAUACACGACCUCAUCGUUUACCAUUACGUGAUAUAAUUUUACCAAAUGGUAUUGAUUCACAACAAAUUCUUGGUUUGGAAUUGGGUAGAGUAUGUUUCCAGUAG